AUGGCGAGACACAAUAAAGCAACUCAGAAGCCUGGUAAUCGAUCUCCGGCGAAUGAGAACCCUUCGGCCAGUGAGGAGGGUUCGGGUGAUGCUGAUAAGGUGAUUCCGAUUGUGUUGGAGGAGGUUUUCAGGAAGGACACACAACUGAAGCGCCUAGUUAUGCUGGCGAUUUGGCCUCUGGGUGGAUCUCAACUGGCUUUUGCGAAACCUCUUCUUAGAGAGGGGAAGUUGAUUUCUCAGGUGGAUGUGGAGGAGAUUGAAGUGGAAGCUUCUUUCUGGAAUUCGACAAUGGUUUGUAUAGUCCUUGGAGCCAAUCCCCCAUUUGCAGUGUUUGAAGGCUUUAUUAAGCGAUUAUGGGGAAAACUGGGUAUUGAUAGGAUAGCUCGUAUGAAUGCGGGCUAUACUAUUGUGAAGUUUCGGGAUGAAGCCACGAGAGAUAUGGUUCUGGAGGCUGGGGUCACUAAGGAUAGGUCAAUAGUGAAGUUUGCUAGGAUGUUAGUGGAUGUGGAGAUUUCAAAUAACUUGCCAAAAACUAUCAUUUUCCUCAAUGAGAGAGGGAGGUGUUUGGAGGAAGAAAAGGUGGUGAAAGGACCAGUGAUCUCAGAAGCUGUGGUAGUUCCGACAUCUGUUGAGCCAUCUACUGAGUCAUUGCCCACGGAAAAGGCUGGUGAUACAAUCAGUGAGGUCACGCAGGGAACUGUUCCUCAGGAGGGUUGUAAUACUAAGAUAGAGCAGGUUGGUUUAGGAGCUUUUCUUGAAACCAAACUUCGGGGUAAUAAAGUGGAGCAGUUAAUGAAGAAUGUGUUUGUAGGCUGGGAUUAUUAUAGUAGUCAGGAAGUUUGCUUGACUUUUGUUUAUGGGAAGAAUACGGUAGAAGAAAGACAAGAGUUAUGGAAGGAUUUGGCUUCUUUGGUGUUCCCUGUGCAGUCGUGGCUCCUAGCUGGAGAUUUUAACGCUGUGUUUGAUUAUGAUGAUCGAAUUGGAGUGCGUCUUAUUACAGAUUUUGAAAUGGUUGAUGCUCAGCAGUGGAGGGCUCUUGGUUUGGUGGAUGAGUUGCGCUUAGUUGGCUCUCAUUAUACUUGGUCUAAUAAGCAGGAGGCUGGGGCCAGAAUAUUUUCCAAUUUGGAUAGGGUGUUCAAAAAUGAAGCUUGGGUGGAUAUUUUUCCUCAUUUUGAAGUCUUAAUUAAUUGGGAUGUUGUAUCGGAUCAUUGCUUUUGCAUCAUCAAAUCUUUGUUUGCUGCUGUUUCAGGAGUUUAUGAAAGUUUCCUCAGCCAAAGAAGUAAGAUUGCAUGGAUUCGGUUUGGAGAUGAAAAUUCUGCCUAUUUUCAUGCUUGUCUGAAGCAGAGGAAAGCUGCCAAUCGGAUUACCUCGUUUAUAGAUGAUCAAGGUCAGAUCCAAUGUAAGUUUGAGGAUGUUGUUGGCCAUUUCAUUAACCAUUUUAGAAGCUUCAUGGGCAGUUCUAGUUCGGCCUCUUCUACUGUUCAGAGAGACUGUUUUGUUCAUGGUGCAACUUUGAGUUUGGAUCAACAAUUGGGUUUACUUAAGCCAUUCACCAAGAAGGAUGUGAAAUCAGCUUUAUUCAGUAUUAGCUUUAUUAAAAGUCCUAGUCCUGAUGGGUUUGGUUCGGGCUUCUAUAAAGUUAUGUGGAAAGAUUUAGGGGACGAGAUUGCUGAUGCAAUUUUGGGGUUUUUCGAUAAAGGAGAGCUCCCUACUUAUCUAAAUAAUACUAUUCUCUCGCUGAUUCCUAAGGUUGAGAAUCCCUCUAAAGAUGUGGAUUUUAGACCGACUGCCUAUUGUAAUACACUUUACAAGUGUAUUUCGAAAAUGCUUUGUGAUCUUAUUAAACGUUACAAUAGGAAGAAUGUUUCCCCUCGUUGUGUGAUGAAGAUUGAUUUGAGCAAGGCUUAUGACACAAUUGAUUGGUUUUUCUUAGAGGAUCUUCUGAAAGCGUACUGUUUCCCUAACACAUUUAUUCAUUGGAUCAUGGUGUGUUUGAGGGGUACAUCCUACUCUCUUUUGAUGAAUGACAGGGUGCAAGGGAAGUUUAUUGGGAGGAAAGGGCUUAGACAAGGGGAUCCUAUAUCUCCCUUACAGUUUGUGCUCGUCAUGGAAUAUCUUACCAGAAUCCUUAUUCAAGCAUCUCUCAAUAAGGAUUUCAGAUUUCAUCCCCUGUGUAAAAAUCUGAAAUUGGUUAGUCUUUGUUUUGCGGAUGAUCUUGUGCUUUUUUGCAAAGGGACUCUUCGGUCAGUCCAAAUCCUCCAGGAUGGUUUCUCUCAAUUUAGUCAAGCUUCAGGUUUGUCAGCGAAUCUGACCAAAUCUCAUAUAUAUUUUGGUGGUCUGAAUUCUGAGGAAAAAAAGUGUAUUUUGGACUGUCUUAACAUUGAGGAGGGGUCGUUUCCUUUAAAGUAUCUUGGUGUCCCUCUCCAUCCUACCAAAUGGAAGGCUGGUGACUGUGGACUCAUAAUUAAAAAGAUUAACCUUCGGCUGCAUUCUUGGGCUAGUCGUCACCUUUCUUUUGCUGGUCGAGCUCAACUCAUUCACUCUGUGUUGUUAGGUAUCUGGUCUUAUUGGAUGAGCAUUUUCCUUCUUCCCCAAAGUGUUACACUUGAGUUUGACCGGUUGUGUAGGAAAUUUUUAUGGGGUUCGAUAGGAAAUAGAAGCAAAAUGCACUUUACAGCUUGGGAUCAUGUUUGCUUACCGAAAAGCUUUGGAGGCAUUGGGUUCAAGGAAGGUUCUAAAUGGAAUAAAGUAUUGUUAGCUAAGUAUGUUUGGGUGAUUUCUUCCAAGCAAGAUCUGCUUUGGGUUAAGUGGAUUGAUGAUAUUUACCUCAAAGGUGAGAGUUUUUGGGCGUACACUCUGAAGGCUGAUGCAAGCUGGUAUUGGAGGAAGUUGGUUAACCUAAAAUCUUUUUUGUCUAGAGUUGAUUUGGAGGCUACAACUACUAGCAGAAAUCUCAAUCUAACUUUGUUGUAUAAUCUUUUGCUGCAGUAG